AUGGUACAUAUCCUUGAGAUGACAUGUUGCUCCUGCAUUGUGAAGGAUCCUUUUGCAAGAGAAGAGAUUGGUAGCUAUGCUGAAUUGGGGGCCUCCCCAGAAGAAGACCUCGAGAACGGGCUCUUCGCAGAUGAGUUGCAUCUCAGUCCGGACGGCAUUUGCUCCUUGUGGCGCAGCACGCUGGAGGCGCCCACUUCUCCCACCAUGAUGCGUGGUUCGGUGUUGGCCGCACCGCUGACGCACAACUUGCACAGCUUGAAGCGGACACUGAUCAAGAGAGGUACAUAUUCCGUCAGCCCAUCUGGAAUUGUUGCUACUUGGGCGGAUGGUACGUCAGAGACCUUUGAGGGAAAGAUUGGCGUUUAG